AUGGGUAUAAAUGAACCGAAUCUAUUAACAAAUAUCGAAGCAGACAUUCAAUUGGCGCUCGAUGGAUUCUUCUUUACCAUAAAUCACAAUUUCGAAUUCGAUUCCGUCAGUGAUAACGUUGGACAAUAUUUAAAAUAUUCUCAAGAGGAACUUGCCGGAAGAAGUUUAUACCACUGUGUACAUCCGAGUGAUGUUGAUGAAUUUAGUAAAGCUUGGGCAAAAAAAGACGCCGGUGAUUCUUUGACUACAACAAGUAAUAAUGAUCAAUCACGUGGGAGAACAUUCUACUGUCGAAUGCGAACAAAUGAUGAAACGACACCGUAUGUUCGCAUGAUCGUUUCCGUAGCAGUUCAUCGUGAUUCAGCUGGUAGCGAGAAAACUUUUCUGAUCUGCAUUGCUCGACGUCCAUCGUUAAAUGAUUCAAAAGAUAAACCAUCGUUGCUUGGUUUUGACCAGUUUUCCUCGCGAAUUAAUCUAAAUUAUGACAUUGAGAAUUUAGAUUCCAGUCAUAUGAAAUGCGAAACAAUUGAUAUGAAUUUUGUCGGAAAGAAUUUCCGAGACUAUGUUUAUGCUACUGACAUUCCAACAAUCGAACGGCACUUUCAAGAAGCUAUUGAAAAAGGUGAAGGAAAAAGUAGUGUUUAUCGCUUCUGCCUUCAUGAUGAUAUUUAUGCAUUUAUCAAUACUCGAAGUAAAUUAUUUCACAACUCUACAACUAAUCAAUCCGAUGCUAUCCUUUCCACACAUACGAUCAUUCGUUUGAUUGAGAAUGCUCAAGAUCUAAAUGGAAAUGCCCCAGCACGUUUGAUGAAGUCGAUUAUUACUUCGAAUCGAGAUUUACAGCGAAGUAAACAAUCACAGCAACAGCCGCAACAACAACAACAACAAACGCCGAGUAAGGUUGUAAAUACAUCUCCAACAACACCUAUCGGUACCCAAUUUGCUCUGACAAUGUUGGGAAUGCACAAGAAUGCACCUAAUUCAUUACAACAACAUGUAUCCAGUACAUUAGGAACACUGAUUCAAGUUCAACACUCACUUUCCGUACCGGCUACAUCUAGUCCGAAUGAUCGAAUGCAAACUCAACUUUUGUCGUCAUCUCCUUCAGCCUCGCCAACACAAAAUCGAUUAGUUGCUCAAAAAUCUUCUACACUCGAUAGUGUGUCAUCAUCCGAUACCGUUGAAUUCGGCAGUAAACGAACACCAUUCAGUCCUUCAUUAGGCUCUGUACAUUCCAAUCAUGGAAGUCUUUCUUCGCCAGUUAACUCGUUCGAUUUAUUUUUUUCGUCCCCUGCUCCCGUGCCAGUCAAUGGCAAUGAUUUGAAUUCUCUUCUUCCCUCGCCAACAAACGCCAAACCAAUGUCACCUCUGUUCUCUAAUUCUGAUAUUUACACAACAGCAUCGAGCCCCAAGUCGACUCAGUCGACCGGCCGACAUCCCGCUCGAAGUUCCAAACGUUUGCGACAAUUGUUAAGCAAUAAAUCUCCUCAAACGAAUGAAAACACGAUGACAACUUUACACUAUCUUCCCGAUGCGAAACUAGAAGAUCUUAUUCAAGGAUCCGAAAGUCCAACGAGUACGCGUCUAUCGCCAACAUCAAAUCGACGUCGACGAAAGCCAAGUGUCAAUCAGAAUAAUAAUAGCACCGCUGAUUUGUUACUGAAAAAACUCCUUCGACGACAGAAUUCCACGUCAGCAUCGCCAACUCGAGCUGAUUCGAACCAUAGUGAUGAUAGUUCAUCAAGUACUUCUACAUCAAACAAACAACGAAGCGAUACUUUCCUCCGAACAUUACUUAAUGAUGAUAUUCGCCCACAAAAAGUCGUUGUCGAGGCUCCGUUUACCGUUGGUUCACGGAGCAAAUCUGUCCGACAUUCAUCGGAUGGUACAAACAUCCUUGUUGAGAAUAAUAAACCGAUUAGCAACAACGCUCGCGCAACGUUAAAAACUCAAGUAUCGUUGCACAUCAAUCCUAACGAAGAUCACUGGAAAAACAAGGGAAAAUUGAAAAAAACAAGACAACAUUCCAAUAACUUUGAUAACCAAAACAAUCCUCAACCGAAAAAACCAGGCAGACCGAAACGAGAUCCAUCGGAUUAUCUUUUGGGAACGCUUAAUUGUCAAACGCCACAAUCCGUUUUCUCUGAUGCUUCGCUUGAUGCUUUGCUCGAUUCUUCGGCUAACUUAGAGCAGCCCUCGCCUACCGUACUUCGUCGUACGACACGACAAAUAUCAGGCGCGAAUAAUUCAACAACAAUAAAUCUAAAACGUCCAUUUGAUAAUGAUGAAUAUUUACAGAAUUCUCAAAAACAACAAAAAAUUGGCCAACAAAUGCUCAAAACUGAUGUGAAAAUUGAAUAUCAAGAUCGUUCGACCAGUUCACCGUCGAGUGCAGUGACUGCAACAAGACAGCUCAGUCAGCCACUUCAACAAACGAUCAAAGCUGAACCUGAAAUCUGUGAUCCAAGCGUUUUAUUUAAUAAAACUGCUCCAAUGUCUCAGUCUCAAGCUCGUCGACCGAAUCCAACUUCGUAUUCUGCCAAUUCACAAUCAACUUUACUACGUACAUUGAUCGGUACUCCACAAACAUCAUCAACAAUGAGAAAAGAUGCACCUUUGUAUGAUCUGUUGCAAAAUUUUGAUAAUCCAUCAAAUACAAUGACAACAACCAGGUCAUCAUCGAAUGAUACUUCAUUAUUUCCGGAAAUAAAUAGUUCCAUUGACCCACUCGAACAAUAUCUAACGCCAGUAUUAUCUCAAACACCAACCAAAUCGAAUGCUUUAUCAAAAGAUGAUUACUUAGCGGCUCUGUUAAGCUCAGAUCCACAAAAACCGAACGAAAUUUCGUUUAUACCCACAGCUAAACAACAAACAACAACAACGGCAACGACAAAUGAGAAUAAUCGUAUAUCAGCAAUUGCUAAUGAUUUGUUAAACUCAACCACCAAUGCCACAACGGCUAAUUCUAAUGAUGAUUUUCUCACAUUACUGGAUAAUAGAGAUUUUCUCGAGUGUUUAAAUGAGUCAACAACGAUUGAUUCAAUUUUGUUACAAAAUUCGACCAAUGUCUUGGAUCAAACAAGUCUCUUAACAAAACGUUCUGAAAAAGAUGAGAAAGCGAUUAGUGAAAUCUACAAUUCUCUAGUCACUUCAUUCAAUCCCGGUCUACCUCAGCAAUCACCAUCAACCAAUGUACCGUUAACAGACAAUAAUCUAUUCAACUCUCUUACCGGUGAUUUUUUCCAUGCGGAAACACCAAAUCGAACAGUGAAUCCCGAAGCACCACUCCCUCCCAUGUAUCGUCAACAUUCAACUAAUAUUCCACCACAAGCACAACCAUCAGCGACAUAUGCCUAUCCACUAAACAAUCCUCAGUUCUCCGACUGUCUUUCAGUGGAUCUCCUCGAUAACAAUGAUUCAUUUCCUCCAAAUGUGACUCUAUCGCCGAUGAAUACCAAUUAUCCAACACAAAACAACAAUUCGAUGAUGAUGUAUCCACACCAACAACAACAACAACCGCCACCACCAUCACUAUCUCAUAUCCAGCAAAAUCGACAACCGCCCAAUGUUCUCUAUCGUCAAGCAUCGCAACAGCAACAGCAACAGCAACCAAUGUAUAAUAAUUACGUUCAAUCUGCGCCAAAUCAAGUUGCACCUGGCUAUUAUAGUAUGCCACCAGCAGCACCACAAUCAGUGCCACAGCAACGAAUGUCACCUGCUACUCAUGUGUCUCCCCAGAUGGCGAAGCGACAAGCAUUACUUCAUCAUCAUCAGCAACAGCAACAACAAAGAAGUUCAACGCCAGUGAAUCAACAACAGCUACAAUUACAUAUGUCUAUGAAUGUUACUUUGCCACACAUGGCACCAAAUCAGCAGCAGCAGCAGCAGCAGCAACAACAACAACAACAACAGCAACUAACACAUCGAUCAAUGAGUAAUUCAUACAGUGACAUGAUGAUGCCAAAUAACAAUGGUCCACCAUUACAACAAGACUUCCACCAAUAUCCGAACAAUAAUCCAGCCGAUAUGCUCUAUAGCUCUGAUCCGUUUAUGCCACCAGCAACGAAUAUGGGACAACAGCAGCCAGUACCAAAUCGUCAUACAAAUGUGAUGCAAUAUCAACAGUCACCGUUACAGCCACCACCGCAGUCAUCUUCUCAUCCACAGAACCAAAUGCACCAGGUAAAGUUCGUUAAAACUCUAUAA